AUAUCUCGAAUCCGAACGUGCUUAGGCCUUCGCUAGCCCACGAGAUUCGGAGGCAGUGACCCAAGCACUUGAGACCAAUAAUGAUAAGGACCAACAUCUCAGCUCAUGUUAUGGAUGGCCUGAAAAAGGGCAAUAAUGCUCACAUGUUACAUCGCCCCGAAAUACUUCGGCACGUCCAGGGGGCGGGGGCGGGUUUAUUCUUACAUAUGAUGCAAUCUUCAUAAUCUGUUGCAUCUCGGAAAAGAGGGCAAUCGAGUCAUAUCGUGUAUGUUUAUAUGCCUCUGUCAAGGUUAGGAGAAAAGGGUAUAAAUAGGCUUACCUCUCCGUUGUCAAAAGUCAAACUAAGGGGCAGAAACUGUACGCUUCUCCUCAGCUCUCUACUUAUUUUGAUAUCUUUUUAUCAUCCGUGAGGAUUUUCUCGCAAUGCCCAGAUUUCAGACUUACUUCUUCUGCUUGUCUCUGACCGUUCUGGUCUUCUCCCCACUGGCAAUAGCCGUAGUGGACAAAUGGACUCCAGCCGGGUUCAACUGGUCCGCCGUCGACCCCGGUCCCAAGGAGAGCUGGAAUGGUCUGUAUCAGAAUCUCAGCGACCCGUCUGUGGCUGUCAGUAAAGAAGUCAUGGCCUUGGGGCAUGUGCGCACGGCAUCUGAUGGCUCAACGGCGUUGGCUAUUCCUUUCUUUCUCGGCCUCGCUUGGCAGGCGUUCAACCUUGUCCUCACCGGUGCUGGGCUGGCCGGGGCAAUCGUAUCCUGUCAACAGAGCGAAGGUUCACCUGAAAACAUCUUUUUUUGUGUCACAGGCUUAUUGAGCACGCUCGUUGGCAUCGGCGGCGCGGCUUCAGCGGCCAAGACCUAUGCCCAAUCCCGCGGUUACUUGGGCGUCGCGGCGAAUGCGUGGUCAAACUCGGGUCUCGAAAGCAUUGCACUGGAUGUUUUCAGCAAGCGCGAUCUUCUCACUCCUGAAUUGAAGAUCGCGCAGCAUGCCCAUAACCAUUUUGUCCAUACCGCCAUCCGUAGUCUGGCCGUGGAUGGCAGCGUGGAAUUUGUGGGAUACGCCGAGGACACUCAUCGGCUGGCGCGCCGUACGUCGAGCGAACACCCGUUCGCCCCCAUGUUUCGCUUCAAUCACACCAAGCACGGUGCGAUAGAGGUCACCUCGCGCGAUCUGGGGGAGGCCAAUGGGGGCAUGCACUUCACUGUCUCCUAUGCAGGUCAUCCGGCGCAUCAUGCCGCUAGCACAAAGCGCGACGAGUAUUUCCAGCACGAACGGCUCAACACCGAUCUCUUCGAGGGACGCUUCGACUCUGGAGCAUCUAACGCUGACCCAGCAACCAUUUCCUUUGAUGCAGCUGGUGCCUUCGACCAGAUCGAGUCAUCCGUGGAGUGCUACACGGACGGCAGUUGGCCGGAUGGGAACGUAUUGUCUGUGCAGAUGUAUGAUCAGGCCAACCAAGCGACUUUUGGGUUUGCCUCAAUUGGUAUCUUCGCAGAUAAUAGCGUCGAUUCCGGCCUUGAAGGAUUUGAACCUUCAGGUAUGCCGCUGGCUUCGCCGUCGUGUUAAACCUUUUCUCCACUUUCUGUUUGGCGAUUGGUUCCACAUGGCCUGAGAAACGAAGGAUAGGCGAGAAGGAUUUUUGCUGUCGGUAGAAGAAGAGAGAUGAGGGGAAAGAAGCUGAAAGAGGGGUUUGGCAAGGGUUAUAGUUGUGUUAAAGCCAAGUGGAAUACGCACUUUUGAGAGAAUCCGACGAUCUUCACCUGGUCAUUAACUGAUCUACUGAAUUAAUGCCAGAAAUGCUCGAGAUGUAGUAAAGAUAGGGUGCUAAAGGUAGUUUAUGUAGUCUUCAACAUAUUGAUGCAGAGUUCUAUUGGCUUGUUAACGACUUGACUAUAAUCU